GAUAUCAUUGAAAAGGCCAAAGUAGAGGCUGCCCGACGAUUAGACACAGAAAAUCUAGGGCUCAUGUCUAUGCGAGAAAAAAAACCGGAACCCACAGCAACAAAAUGGAAGAGAAGAGCGAGCAGCUUUGCUUUUAGAAUGUACGCAGCCAUCUUUUCAUGGUGUAAUGGGCGCUGAGAGAAGAAAUAACAUGAAGAGGCCAGAUCAAAAUUUCCCAAGAAAUCCAAAGAAAUUAACAAUUCUAAAUUUGGCUGCGACAUAUGCGUCAUUCAGAACCAUUUAAUCCACAACUGAAUCCAGAAAUAAAGCUAACCUUGAAUCCAGAAAUAAAGCUUACCUUGAAUCCAGAAAUAAAGCUAACCUUGAAUCCGAGAAUUUUACCAAAAAUUGAAUCUGAAAUUUAUGAUACAAAAUUCUAUUUCAAAAUCAAUUCAAACUUUGAGAAAAUCUUUAGUUUAACAUUUCAAACUAAUUUUAAA